UUGGGUAUGACUAUAACAAUCCUUAUUUUGAGCUUAGCCACAUCUCUCCAAGACUUGUGGAGCUACUCUCUGGCCCGGCCGCCGUUUGGACAGACCACACAGCCGGUGGUCCCAAGUGGGCCCCCUUUUCCGUCUCCUGGUUCCUCAAAGACACUAGGGUCAGAUCCGACAAAGAUGGAAGUAGAGCUCAAGAACCUAACAAAGGUAUGGACUUAAGCAAUAAUCUCCAUGUCUUACUGUUAUUACAUAGCCUCAAGAAUCCCAAGUGGUGUUCCUCGGCUUGUCUCUGUUCUUCCAGUCUGUUCUCUCUUCCUUGUUUUUCCUCUGUUUCUCUCCUCCGUUCACUUCUCAGGCUCCACAGCAUUUUUCCUGUCUUGGCUUUCCAAUUUCAAGCUCAUUCUUUUCGCCUUCGAUCAAGGACCCUUAUGCCCACUUCCCCCAAAUCUCUCCCGUUUCAUCUGCCUCGCUUGCUUCCCAAUCAAACCCCAACAGAACUCUGAUUCUCACCAAACUAGACAACACCCAUCUCCAACUGGGUCCUCAGAUCAAAUCAGUAAGUGGGUUUUCGCCAUAAAGAUUGCAUUCCUAUGCAUAUUGCUAAAUCUUUAUGCUUACAGAGAAGCUCUGCCUCGCAUUGUGGUCUUGAUUCUGUACUCACUCCAUAUUUACCUUGAGCUCGAGCUUCUCUUAGCUCUGGUCAAAGUUCUGGUGAUUACCCUUCUCGGUUGCGAGAUCGAAUCGCAAUCCAAGGAGCCCUACUUAGUCACAUCUCUCCAAGACUUCAGGAGCCGCCGGUGGAACCUCAUGGUCCCAGCCAUACUCCGCCCGUCCGUACACCUCCCCGCCUGGCGAGCCGCCGAGCGAUUCGUGGGUCCCACAUGGGCUCCAAUCCCGGGGAUAGUGGCGGCGUUCGUCGUGUCCGGCGCCGUCCACGAGCUCAUCUUCUUCUACAUGACCCGUCUACGGCCGACGUGGUUCUUCGUUCUGCAAGGAGUUUGUACUGCGGCGGAGGUGGCAGCAAGGAGGAAUGCGACGGCGGAGAUGCGGCAGAUGUGGAGGCCGAGCGCGGCGGCAAGGCGGUUGAUGACGAUGGGGCUCGUGGUUGUGACCAGCGGUUGGUUGUUUUUCCCGCAGCUGGUGAGGAGUGGCAUGCUCGAGAGACUCGCCGACGAAAGCUUGUUCUUCAUUGACUUCGUCAAACGGAAAAUUUUUGUUUAAUUCCUCGUGAUGUAAGUGGACAAAAAUAAUCUAUUAUUAUAGUUUGUUAUUGUGAUUAUUACUUUGUGAAAUUAAUUAAGAUAG